AGUCGUACUGCUCGCAGUUUGAAUUCAGGAUUGCUACCAUAUGGUUGUCCGCUUUGUAUCACUAUCAUAUUCACUGUACUCGUAGCGAUUUCCAAUCAGUAGAAGCAAAUGCUUCAAAUGGAAGCAAUGAGACAGCGGGUUCUCCCAACGAGUAUAAUUGUCAUUAUAUUAGCAUUCAUAUCGCUUGGGCAAGCACUAAAUGAAGAUGACCCGUGCGUCGACCCCAAUGGGGAGGCCGGACACUGUAUAUACCUACGCGAGUGCGACCCACUGGUGAAGAUCCUCCAGAAGGGUAACUAUUCACCCCAGGAGAGGAACUUCAUUGUGCAAAGUCGGUGCGGUAUGACCGCCGAUAGGAAGAAUUUGGUAUGCUGCAAAGGCACCGUCGACGAAGGUCUCCCGGAGCCCCCGAAGUGUGGCGUUGAUUUUUCGAAUCGCAUCCACGGUGGACAGCAGACGGAAAUGGACGAGUUCCCAUGGACUGCGUUGAUUCAAUACCGCAAACCGAACGGCUUGACCGGGUUCCACUGUGGUGGAUCGUUGAUCAACUCCCGAUACGUGAUAACGGCGGCGCACUGCAUUCAGGCUAUUCCCCGUAACUGGAACGCGAUCGGUGUGCGCUUGGGUGAAUGGGACCUGAGUAGCGAUCGCGACUGCGAUAGCGAGACUUGCACGGACGAACCGGUUGAUGUGGGUAUAGAGCGGAUCGUUGUCCAUGAGGACUACGUUCCGGAAAGCAAGACACAGUACAACGAUAUAGCGCUGAUUCGGCUCGCGAGGGAUGUUCACAUGUCGAUGUACAUUGCACCGAUAUGUUUGCCGCUCAAAGAUACGCAACGUUUGCGGGAUCACGUGGGAUCCAACGGAUUCGCAGCAGGAUGGGGUAACACGGAGAAUGGAACUGCCAGCAGCGUCAAGCUGAAAGUUCAGCUGGAAGUAAAGAACUUUCGGGACUGUGCUGGAAUCUACGCCCGGGCCGGAAUUAUUCUCCGCGAAACGCAGCUGUGUGCAGGUGGAGUCAAGGGUAAAGAUACCUGCAGUGGAGAUUCGGGAGGGCCAUUUACGAAGUUGGACCGAGCGCACAACUAUCUGGUUGGACUUGUGAGCUUCGGACCGAGUAAGUGCGGAACGGCCGGUGUGCCGGGAAUCUAUACCAAUGUGGCCAAAUAUGUGGACUGGAUCGCGAAGAACGUAAAGCCGUGAAAUUUCGAUUCAGUGUGAAGUAAAUUCAGAUCAUGUCAAGUCACAUCAUAACAUUGAAAUCUCGUAAUAUAGUAUGAAUAAAACUGUGGAGUAUGUUCAGAUCAUCAAA